ACCAAUCAGAGGCCACAGUGGAACUUUGUAAACAAGUCUCCAGCACGCUGAGUUAAAGCUCCUCUUCUGGUUUGUACUCACGAAAAGGACGCGACGGCGCCGAGUCCAACGGUCCUCAACAGACAAUCCAGAUGUGAAAUCAAACGCCCGCGUUUAUGAAGACGAUGGGAAAUGAUAUAAUGGAAAGCAGAGAGAGGCGGAAACAAAAAUCCUGCCACCCCUAUUGUGGCCCCGACACGAGACCCCAUAUUUGGGUCCGGCUGCCUCUCGGCACACCUGAGUGACACGAUAAACGUGGCUGGAGUGACCCGACGGACGUCUGAGCCGCAUCGUGAGCAGCCCAAGCUUUAAAAGAAUGGGGUCCUGUCGGGGGGUUCAUGCUCAGCAGUUGGCCUCAGAAGGUGAUCUCAGUGAAAGCACCCGCGCGACCAUGGAGCUGCUGUGCCUCGAAAUGGACACCAUCAUACGAGCUCGUCCCGAUCCCAACCUCCUGUGCGACGACCGAGUGCUGCAGAGCCUGCUCACCAUCGAGGAGAGGUUCCUGCCGCAGUACUCGUAUUUCAAAGGCGUCCAGAAGGACAUCCAGCCCUUCAUGCGGAGGAUGGUCGCCACUUGGAUGUUGGAGGUUUGUGAGGAGCAGAAGUGCGAGGAAGAAGUUUUCCCCCUGGCCAUGAACUACUUGGACAGAUUCUUAGCCGUGGUGCCCACCAAGAAGUGCCACCUGCAGCUGCUGGGGGCCGUGUGCAUGUUCCUGGCGUCCAAGUUGAAAGAGACCCGUCCACUCACCGCAGAGAAGCUCUGCAUCUACACAGACAACUCCAUCAGGCCGCAAGAGCUGCUGGAAUGGGAACUGGUGGUGUUGGGAAAGUUGAAGUGGAACUUGGCAGCUGUGACGCCGAACGACUUCAUUGAGCACAUUGUGAGGAGGCUGCCGCUGCCCGAGGAUAAGCUGGCACUUAUACGCAAACACGUCCAGACCUUCAUCGCCCUCUGUGCCACAGAUUUCAGAUUCGCCAUGUACCCUCCCUCCAUGAUCGCCACAGGAAGUGUGGGGGCGGCGAUCUGCGGCCUGCAGCUGGAUUCCGCCGACCAGUCGCAGUGGGGCGACAGUCUGACAGACCUGCUGGCCAAGAUCACAAACACAGAAGUGGACGUUCUCAAAGAGUGUCAGGAGCAGAUUGAGCGCGUGUUGGUGAGCAGCCUGCGCGAGGGGCGGCAGCAGCAGCAGCAGCAGCAGCAGACGCAGAGAGGCCCGAGUGGGAAAGGUCUGGACGAGCUGGACCAGUCGUCCACCCCGACAGACGUCCGUGACGUCAACUUGUGAACCACCAGGGGGCACCGUCGCGUGGGGAUUUACAAAAGAAGAAGAAGAAGAAGAAAAGAAAAAAAAAGCAUCAUGGAAAAAAAAAAAAGAAACCCUCCAUUUUCUUAAAAGCAGAAAGAGAUAAAAAAAAAAAAAGAACAAAAAAUGAUAAAAACACAAGCCCUUUAAAAGAAAGAGAACAGUGCUUGCUAGUUUUUCGUUUGGUUUUUUUUUUUGUAGAUUUUUUUUUCUGUCCUUCAAGUCAAAAAACACCUGCCCACGAAAAUAGGUUGUCUGUGAUGUUUUUAAAAAAAGCGACACAUUUUGAUUCACGAUGAAGCUCUGUGGUGCCUUGGAUAUACAGAAGGGAAAGCCAAUCAUAUUUUGCAUUCUGCAUUUUGAUUGUACAGUAUGAUCCUUAAAUUAUACGUCAACCAUCGCUUGAUAAAUGAGGCUGUUACGGCAGAAGUUGUGGAAAAACAAUUUACGAAAAAAAAUUGCGUACGUGAGAAGAUCACAAGCAGGGCUUAAUAAGUUUUUUGUUUUCUCUCUCUCUCUCUCUCGGUUUUGUUCUCGUACGAGUAUUAUCACUUAUUACUUUUGUGGCCGGGUGUCGGAGAGAGAGAGAAGGACGCGCCGUUUCGAGCUCCUCGACCAAUCGGAAGAGAGGUCCGCCGCGCGUUGCGUUCGAGGACCAGACAAGGCAGAGGAGAGCUGUGAGGACGUUACGCUCAAAGUCGGUGGGGUCCUAAUUCCAGGGGGGAGAGAGACGGGAUUGUAGUAAUUAUUAGUAGUAUUGGUAAUAUUAUUAUUAUUAAUAUUAUUAUUGGACAUAUUUUGGAACUGAGUAGUAGAGAUCAAUAAGCUCCUUUUUUUCAGGCUGCUUGUGUGCGUGUCAGUUUGUAGGUGCAGUGUGCGAACGUGCGUGUGUGUGAUUGUACGUCAGUAUGCAUGCAUGGCUGUGUGUGUGUGUGUGUGUGUGUGUGUGUGUGUGUGUGUGUGAAUGCUACAUGUGAUCCUGUAUCUAUAUUAGCAGUGUGCAUUCUGCGGCGUGAGGCACUUGCGCUAAAACGUCAAGUAGACUCAACAGUUCUAUGUUCAAAGUCUACGCACACUCUGUCCGUCAGUAUAUAACAGGGCAUCUAUAUGCUAUUUCACUGCCGUCGUGCAUUAACAGUGUCUCAUGGUUCGUUGUUGGCCGACAAUAAUCUCCAUGUGCAUGGACUUAUAAGUGAGACAGGGAAAGAUGGAUACACGGGCGAAGGGGGGGACUUCUCACUCUGAGCCCCUUGACUUCCUCAUCGGGACUCGGAGGUCACGCGAGGUUUUAUUACUGCCGUUCUUGUUCGUGACGUAUUACAGAUCCUUCGUCCUUAUUUUUUUUUUCAGCAUUUGUUACGACACGGUGUUUCCUUCGUUUCCGAAAAGGCCGCUUUGAGUCCGGGGGGGGGGGCGUGGUAGCGGAAGACCUCUCGCAUGUGCAAGCGUGUCAUGGCACCGGAGAGGACAGUGGCUUGAAGAGAGAAAUGGAACAGGGUGCGGCACGGAAGCGAAUUAGAAAAGACAACAGGGACAUUUUGAAAGUCACUGUGGAGCUGUGGAGGCUCAGGACAGGGAGGAACUUUUUUUUAGCGGUGCAGGAAGCAUGCUGCUGUGUCGAGGAGACGUGGAUGAUGUACCAGCCGAGUGGCUGGAAGACGACGACCAUGAUGAUGAUGAUGAUGAUGAUGAUGAUGAUGAUGAACAAAAAGACGCCCCCAAAACGUUGAUAUCUGCUUAAUCGACGUUUCAGAUUCUCGUGAAACGAUGUCGUCCACGACGACGCGGCCGAGCGAAGCGAAAUUAUUAUAUUUUUUUUGCUCUAGGUUUCCAUUUACACCGAAAAUGAAAUGAGGAACGAAGACUGUACACUGCCAGAUCAUGCGAAGGGGGUGAAUGCGAGGGACAUACAGGACGGUUGUAUGUGACCGUCGACGCGUCUCGAGUCCCACACAGGGUUGUUGUCAGCUCCCCCAUAUGAUUUCAAUGGCAAAGCACUUUGAGAACAUGCUCCCCAGGAGAUAAAGUAAAAAAUGAAAUGUGUCGGGUGGUGAUUGGAGGUGAAUGAGAGGUGAAAUUAUUAUUAUUUUAUUUUUUUUUCUUCUAUUCCUUGUUAGCUUUGGUUUACUUUGUAGGGCUGGUUUCCCAAUCAUCAGACAUGCCCCUUGUCAAGCAGCAAGUGUCCAAUUUAAAAAUGGCUUUUUCCACAAGUUACGACGAGAGGACAUUCCGAUCAUGAAACAUUCCUACCCAUGAAGCCGAGUGCGAGUUGACGGGGGAAGUCUGACCGUUGCGGAGAAUUUGAACAAAUAAAAAAAUAAAAAAAUGCCAACAUGAAUUUCAAACAUGCCACCACACACACACACACACACACACACACACACACACACACACACACACACACACACACACGCACACGUGUGCGCAGAGUUCAGAGGUCCGUGGGUUCUGUUUGAUUUUUUUUCUUUUCUUUCUACUUUCUGUCAAGAAAUGAAAUAUUUGUUUUUUACUUGAAUUUUUUCUCUUUUUUUUUUUUUAUAAUUUAUCUGUAACACAGCCACAGAUAGUCACACGGGCGGCGAUGAGCUUACAGGAAGGGGGGGGGGGGCGUGGUUGUAACAUCUGAUAUUUGCACAUGUUCUUCAAGAGGGCAAUGAGGUUUGCAUUUUUUCUUUUUUCCUUUUAAGACGGAGCGGAGCCGUUGCUCUUGAACCACCUUAACUGAUGCGUGUCGCAGUGGUUGGUCAGUUAUAGUCUGUUUGUUUUUUUUGUUUGAUUUUUGAUUCUUUUUUUUUUAAAUGGUGCUGGCCUUUGUAGUUCAGGCUGAUCGUCCGUCAGUGAACACAUCUGCCCCCUUGUGAGCUUUGCUGCUUCAAAUCAUUAGCGAGGGGGUUCGUCAGCCGGACAGACAUCAGCUCAAAACAAGAGACAGAUUUGAUUCAGUUUUUUCCAAUUUCCUUUUUUGGUGUUUUGGUUGCCACAGUAAGGUGUCUUUGACUUAAUGCUUGAGUUUUGUUUUGUUUGUUUUCUCAUGAACGGUGACUUUGCUGAGUAUGUGUUUGUCAGACUGAAGAAAAAAUGUGGGGAUCUAUUGUUUUCUUCCGCGAUGUUUUUAUCAGUAAAACUGGGCAAUUUGAUGACACGUUUGCCAAAACAUCCCUCGUAUGAAUAUUUGAUACGACCCCCCCUUCAUUUUUUCUGCCUGAUGUUUGUCUGAUGUAAGCUCUCUCCCAAACUUAAAUGGUUGUGAUUUUUUUCUUUUUCUUUCCUGCAAUCGAUUUGUUGCAUGUGUUAUAUAUAUUGAGACCACCUUUACAAUUUGUGUUUGAUAUAUUUUAUGGGGUGACCAGACCCGCAAAAGGGUUUUUCUAAGAAUUUUUAGAGAUACUGUAUUCCAAAGUGAAGAGAGGACCGAGGAGGAGGAGGAGGAGGAGGUGUGAAGACAUCAAGAAAAAAGUGUCAAUAUUUUUAUUGAGUUAUUGUUGUCUUUUUGCGCUGCUAAAAGCUAUGAAUUUGUUUCAUUUAUACAAAAAAAAAUAACAUUACCUAGUUGUGAUGUGUCACUUGAGUGUGCUGCUAUUUUAUAAACAUUUGUAUUAUAAUAUAAUUAUUUUACUGCUUAAGAGAUACAUUCAGAAAAAAACGAAGUAGAUGGUGAUAGAAGAACAUGAAAUGAGUACUCGACUGGAAAUGUUCUUUGUACAGUUUGACAGUUUGCUUAGAUAGCAUGUCUCCCUUCCCCCCUCCCCCCACCCUUUUUUUUUUUUAAAUCUAUUUUUGCUCUCCUUCUUCAGUCACAUUCUACAUCAGUGGUAUUUUCCUAUACCUCAGGAUUACUGGACAAAAAAUAACAUUCACAAAUCCAUCACCUUUACCUCUGCAGUUAGGGAGCCUGGAACGGAGGAGGAAGAAAAUACAGUUGGGGGGUGGGGGGGGACAAAGCAACUACAAAUUAUCAUUUUUGUGGAUGAAUCCCACUGUUUUAGUGGGGAAACAACUUGUUCAGGACGAUGGGAAACAGGAAGCAGUGCAAGGCUUCCGCUUGGACUAAACCUAUAUUGGAGGGGGGCACAACAACAACAUGGCAACAUUUUUCUUGUUUGUUUUUUUUAAUACCGUAGACAGUUCAAGCAUGUUCCCCUCUGCUCAUGCCGGUGCUACAUCUGCGUUGUUGUGUGCGAGAGAGAGAGAGAGAGAGAGAGAGGGGGGAACAGCAUUCCUAUAUAUGACGGCCAAAGUACAGUUGUUGCUUUAUACGACCACAAUCGCUCUGAAUGUCAGUAAGCAUGGAUUCCUUCCGCUGAAACAAACAAACAAAAAAAGAUGAUGUGUUUUUGGUCUGAAUUAAUGUGUGUGUGUGCGCCAUUGUAACUGCCACAAAAAAAAAAGAAUGGGUUGAGCUACGCCUGUCAUGUCCGACCCAUAAAUAUUCUGAUAUCUGGAAGUUUCAAUGGUGCAGAUUUCCCUUUGAGUUGCCUUCCCCCUCCACUAUAACUCAUAUCAUGUACCUCAAAUGUCUGUUGCACAACCUCUGGUCAAUAAACGUCUGCUUUAAAGGGUGUGACACCACAUCAGCUCACUA